AACUGUCAAAAGCCGAUCAAUAGUUUAUGUUCAAAACAUAACCUAAAAACAUAAAUAAAAAUUAUUAAAAACAAAUAAAUUUUGUGGUAGGAAAAGCUGGAACCUGAAAACGAGCAAAAUCAGGAAUGUAUUUCACGAAGAAAACUAUUACUAAGUUAUUAACACAAACUUUGAAGACAAGGCAAUAUGCGAAAAUAAGACCACUAGAUACAACUCCUACUUCCAAUGUAGACUCUAUUAAUUAUUGUGCACAAAUAGUAAAGUCGCAUGAUUAUGAAAAUUUUCUGGCGACGCUACUUAUGACAAAAGCUCUCCGGUCACCGACGCUUGUGGUCAGAGCAUUCAAUGUAGAAAUUGCCAGGGUGCAAGAUCAAACUACGGAUCCUCAAAUUGCAAUGAUGCGGAUGCAAUUUUGGCAUGACACUUUAAAGGAUAUUUAUAAGAAGGAUCAAACUCUUAAUCAGGUUCCAGCUAAUCCUGUUGCUCAAGAAUUAUUUAAGAUUUGUAAUGUAUACAAAUUACCAAAGAGAAAUUUGCAAAAGCUCAUUGACUCCAGACAGAUGUUGAUGAAAGCAAAAUAUUUUGGUAGUCUUGCUGAUUUAGAGAAAUACACUGAUGAUAGUGUAUCAGCAAUUUACUAUACAAUAUUAUGGAUGGCAGGUGUGCAGAGUUUGCAUGCCGAUCAUGCAGCAUCCCAUUUAGGUAAAGCACAAGGACUCACCAAUAUGCUAAGAUCUAUACCUAUGUCUAGUCAUUAUAAAAUGGUAUAUGUACCCAUGGAUUUGCUAAUGAAGCAUAACAUUUCUCAAGAAGAUGUACUGAGAUGUCAGGAUAGUGAAAACAUGAGAAAUUGUACAUAUGAAAUUGCAAUCUCAGCAAAUAAUCAUCUGAAAAAGGCAAGAAAGAUAGGAGGUGUACCGAAAUUAGCUAAUCAAAUAUUUCUUCCUGCUGUUGCAAUAAACAAUUAUCUCAAGAAGCUCCAAAAAUGCAAUUUUAAUGUGUUUGACAGUUCACUAGUUCACAGAAGUGCUACUUUACCUAUUAUAUAUUAUUUUAUGAGACUCUGUAACAGGUACUGACUGUCUUAUAUCAGUUAUAUGUAAUAGGUCCUAUAAGUAGAGUGUUAAAUUAUUAAUA